CAGGACUUGCUAGAAAGAGGAAGUUGGCCUUCCUACAGUGAUAUAUCUUCCGGGGCGAGGUAAGUCGCCGGAAAGAGGCGCAGCUGUCGAUUCACAGGAUGUAGUUUUAGGAGCGUUGCAUUAUAGGACCUGUAGUCCUUCCGCAACUUCAAAUUCCCUUCUUGGUGCACCUUGGGAAAUGGAGUCCGUGAUACCCCUGUUCCUCACUACGCCUCGGGGACGUUCCAGCGCUCGUCUCCAGCUUCCAGGUCGGGAGUUAGGCAUACUCCCUUUCACACUACUCCUAACCCUCAAUCACGGCGCACGCGCACACUCUGCUGUCCAUAGUGGGGCUACUGUCCUGGCGCUAAGCUGUUGCUAGGACCUUUUGCUGCCCCUCCUGGCAGAUAAACUUUCUUCCCUGAAGAUAACUGUCAUCCCAGUUAUCCCUUUGGAUGUGCCAAAUGGUAUACCAAGUCCUAGCCCAUCUGUGUGAAAAUCUCCUUUGGAAGCAGCUAGUUCAUUGAAGACAUUGUUCUUGAUCUAGAUCUCCCUUCCUUCUAAGUUUUUGCCUAACUCCCAUAAGGAUAGCCUGGGAAAGCAAAGGAUGGCCACUAAGCUCUUGCCAACUAAGUCUCAAGUAUCAGUGACUUUUGAGGAUGUGGCCGUGUAUCUCACUCAAGAGGAGUGGGGUCAUCUAGGCCCUGCACAGAAGGGCCUCUACAAGGACGUGAUGCUGGAGAAUUAUGGCAAUGUGGUCUCACUAGGAUUUCCAGUCUCCAAACCAGAUAUGAUCUUACAACUAGAACAAAGAGGAGAACCAUGGUUUCUGGAUAUGCAGGGAACUAAAGGUAGAGAGGAUUUAAGAGAUUGUGAGACCAGGAUUAAGAUCAAGAAAUUGUCACCAGAAUGGGAAAUUCCAGAGGAAAUAGAAUUACAGCACAUAAUGUUGAAAAGACUCACAAAGAAUAGUCUCCCAAAAUCUAAGCUGAGAAAACCUUGGGAAUCUGAGGGAAAACUAAAGACACAUUGGGAAAGACAUUCAGAAGAGAAAUUGCAAAAACAUCUUUACCAUGAAAGAAAUCUUAAGCCAGUGAAAAUGAUACCUAAGAAAAUUUUUAUAGGGAAGACCAGCAAGAAAUAUAGUAAGUUUGGAAGAAAGUUCAGUUUGAACUCAAAUCCUGUCGCACAUCAGAGAAUUCUUGUAAGAGAGAAUCCCUGCAAAUCUAAUAUAUAUGAAAAAAUGAAGUUUAAGCAGAAUUCAGUCCUUAUUGAAAAUCAGAAAAUUUGUUCUAGAGAGAAACUCUAUGAGUGCAUUGAAUGUGGAAAAAGCUUCACUGCACAUUCAUCUUUUACUCAACAUUAUAAAAUCCAUACUAGGGAGAAAUCCUAUGAGUGUAAUGAAUGUGGGAAAAGCUUCAGUCAAAGCUCUCACAUUAUUGAUCAUCAGAGAAUUCACACUGGAGAAAAACCUUAUGAAUGUAAUGAAUGUGGAAAAUCCUUCAGUCAGAGUUCUAAUCUCAUUCAUCAUCAAAUAAUUCACACAGGAGAAAAACCUUAUUAUUGCAAUGAAUGUGGAAAAGCUUUCAGUUACCAUUCAGUGCUUAUUCAACAUCAUAAAAUUCAUACUGGAGAAAAACCCUAUGUAUGUAAUGAAUGUGGAAAAGCUUUUAUUCAGAGCUCUAAUCUAAUUCAACACCAGAGAAGUCACACGGGAGAGAGACCUUAUGAAUGUAAUCAGUGUGGGAAAGCCUUCAGUGUGCGCUCAUCUUUUAUUCAACAUAGAAAAAUUCACACUGGAGAAAAACCCUAUGAAUGUAAUGAAUGUGAGAAAGCCUUCAGUGCACGCUCAUCUUUUAUUCAACAUAGAAAAAUUCACACUGGAGAGAAACCCUAUGAGUGUAAUCAAUGUGGGAAAGCCUUUGGUGCCCGUUCAUCAUUUAUUCAACAUUGUAAAAUUCAUACUGGUGAGAAACCCUAUGAAUGUAAUGAAUGUGGGAAAGCCUUUGGUGCCCGUGCAUCAUUUGUUCAACACUGUAAAAUUCACACUGGUGAAAAAACCUAUGAAUGUAGUGAAUGUGGGAAAAUGUUUAAUGCUCAUUCAUCCUUCAAUCGACAUAAGAGAACACAUAUUGAAGAGAAGUCCUGUGAGCAAAAUGAACGUGAGAAACCCUAUAAGUGUAAUGAAUGUGGGAAAACCUUUAGUUCACGUUCAUCUUUUAUUCAGCAUUGUAAAAUCCAUAGUGGAGAGAAACCCUUUGAAUGCAAUGAAUGUGGGAAAACUUUCAGUCAGAGUUCUAAUCUUAUUGAUCAUCAGAGAAUUCAUACUGGAGAAAAACCCUAUGAAUGUAAUGAAUGUAGCAAAACCUUCAGUCAGCGAUCCAGCCUUAUUCGACAUCAUAAAAUACAUACUGGAGAGAAACAAUAUGAGUGCAGUGAAUGUGGGAAAGCCUUCAUUCAGAGCUCCAACCUCAUUAAACAUCAGAGAAUUCAUACUGGAGAGAAACCCUAUGAGUGCAAUGACUGUGGCAAAGCUUUUAGUGACCGUUCAUCUUUUAUUCAGCACCGGAAAAUUCAUACAGGAGAAAAACCCUUUGAAUGUAAUAUAUGUAGUAAAUCCUUUAUCCUGAGCUCUAAUCUUAUUAAACAUCAAAGAAUUCACACAGGAGAGAAACCCUAUGAAUGUAAUGAAUGUGGGAAAGCCUUCUGUGCACACUCAACUCUUACUCAGCAUCAGAGAAUUCACACUGGAGAGAAGCCCUAUAGGUGUAAUGAUUGUGGAAAAGCUUUCAGUCAACACUCUAACCUUAUUCAACAUCAGCGGAGUCAUAAUGAAGAUAAGCCAUGUGACAAAGUUUUCACUUAAUGACUUUUGUUUUGAAAAUUUAGCUCUUAAAAAGAUUUAUUCACUCUCAAAAACUUGUUUACAAAUUUGUUAUGCUGCCCUUCUAUGUCCAUGGUGGGGCCCUGUCCAUGGUCUGAAUUCCAAAAUGUGUGUGAUUUAUUCUUUUAUUUUAAAAGUAUUAAACACAUAAAAGUAAUGUUAAAACUGUUAAACUUAAAUAUGCUAAAGAUACCAUUUUAAAAUAAAUUUUAAGAGAAGUAUCUAUUCUAA